AUGACGAAACGAGAGGCAGCCGCGCAGUGUGUUCAAUCGCUUUACGGCUCUCUCUCUCUCUCUCUCUCUCUCCCUCUUCCGUCUCCAAGACUAAAGCGCGCUGUUCUAUCGUUGGCCCCAAGCACGCUGAGAAGGCUUGGGGUGAAAGGCGUGGAGAUAAGGAAACCAGAGCAGCUUGAAACCGUGGCUUCCCUUAUUAUCCCUGGAGGAGAGAGCACCACCAUGGCUAAGCUCGCUGAGUACCACAAUCUGUUUCCUGCUUUGCGUGAGUUUGUCAAAAUGGGGAAGCCUGUUUGGGGAACCUGUGCAGGGCUUAUCUUCUUAGCAAACAAAGCUACAGGACAGAAAAUAGGAGGACAGGAACUUAUUGGAGGCCUAGAUUGCACUGUCCACAGGAACUUCUUUGGCAGUCAGAUUCAAAGCUUUGAGGCAGAACUUGCAGUACCAGAGCUUGCCUCUAGGGAAGGUGGUCCUGAAGUAUUUCGUGGAGUUUUCAUCCGUGCUCCUGCUAUCCUUGACGUAGGACCAGAAGUUCAAGUGAUGGCUGAUUAUCUUGUCCAAUCUAAUGAGGUAUUGGAUUCAAAUUCUGCUGUUGAAGCACAAGAGGAGAAUACUGGGUCUGAGAAGAAAGUGAUUGUAGCAGUUAGACAAAGGAAUCUGUUGGCGACUGCCUUCCAUCCUGAACUGACAGCAGACACUCGAUGGCAUAGUUACUUCUUGAAGAUGGCAACUGAAACUGGAGAAGAGGCCUCAAGUAGCAUUGUUGCUGUUGGAGCAGAUCUGAAUCUUGACCAACAACCAAAGAUUGACCUCCCUAUAUUUCAAUAG